CAUAGUAACAGCUUUGAGCUUGUUGUGCUGUGAAGGACUUGCUGCCUGGGAGCUCAAUGCUGAGAGUUCUGUGAGAACUUUGGUGCAGCGCCGCUGUGGUUUUCACCCUGAAUGUUCCAUCAGUGCUUUGGGUUGGGGCUCUGGGGGUGGUUGGGUUUUUUUUCCCCUCCCUAUUGUGGGGAUUGAAACCUCCAGAGCCGCUCUGGUCUCUUGUGUUAAUUGCUCUGUGUGUGAACUCUGCACCUUCCCUGAGCGCUUCAGCACAAGCAGCAGAGCUGAGCUGGGCAGCACGAACCCCCCACGGCUCCCUUCAGUGGAACACCAUCCUCGUUAGCACGAAGCCCUUAAUGAACAAUUGCUCUGGAGCACAUGAGCUGCGCUAAGCAAUUUCAAUACAUAUGUAUAUUUAAGUGGGAAAUCGGUAUAUUCCUAACAUCCAACGCAUAAACCAGAAUGUGCUGCUUGUUUCUUCCUGCUUGUGUGCACCGCUGCCACUCUCCACUUCUGAGAUCAAAGAUGGCUCUGGUGAUGCUGCUGAGCCGUGCACAGCUUUGCCACCACUGGCAUUUAUGGCCCCACAGCACAAACAGCCCCUGCACUGAGGGACAGGAGGCAGAAACCCAGGCUGAGUUCUGAGCGUCAUCAAGGAGUGAUUCCUCCGUGGUCUAAAGCAAGUUUGUGGUAUGUCUGCAGCGAGUGGUUCCUAUUGCAGCAUACUGAGCACAAUGCAAAUUAAAUGCUCUUUAUUGCACUGUUUUCUGCUGCUUUUGAAGGAUCUCCCUCUACCCCCCCCCCCAUGCUGUUGCAAAGUGAUUUAGUACCAUAGGUAGAAACAAAGAAAACUUGGCUGCUUUGUGCUAAGUGUUGUUAAUUAGCUGACAGUAAUGAGCUGAUGUUAACUGUUACACCUCCAGUGCACGACAAAGAUGGGUUUGAAGCCAGCAGACUUGGGUGGAAGGGAUGCUUCAAAAGGAAGCUCACAAGGCAAGUUCCUGCAGUCGGGCAGCUCCAUUGCUAUGCUGCCCUUUUUGGAAGCUCCCUGAGAAAGCAGCAGCACAACAUGGGCUGUUACUGAGGCCCUUUCCUUGUCCCACUGCUUUGCUGUGUGGUUCAGCUGCGUUUUCAGGUGAAGAAGAACAUUGGAAUACGUGGAUGUGAGGGCUCGAAGUUGUUAUGAGCACAUUUGAAAUGUAUCUGGUGUAACACGGUGGUGGUGACAAAUGUGUGGUCACAAUACAGAGAUGUGUUUUCAAAAGGCUGCUUAACUAAGGGAAAAAAAGCACAUCUGCAGGCAAAUUGGAACUGCUAAAUAACACACUCCAUUUAUUUCUUCUGGCACACCUCAGUGUGCAGUAUAUAUCACAAACCCUUUUACACCCCCAACUAAGUGUACUGGGAAAGAAACUUUCUUUUUUUUCUUGCUGUGUGAACCCAGUGCUGGAUCUGAAAGAACCAGUUUAAUGGAGAAAAGCUUCAGUGCAUUGAUGUUCUUUUCAGUCAAACCAUGGAAGAUCAAGCCAAGAGUUAUGGGCCGCAGCUGCGUUCCUCCAUUGAGACCUUCUAUAGGACAUCAGCUGAGCUGAUUAAGAAAUGGUGACCACAGCUGUGUGCCCUUAUUCACUCUGAAAUGCAAAUCCGUCCCCUUGAUUGAGAAGCAUUGCAUUGCAACCAUAUUUUCCCAUUCACUUUCAGUGGGCGGCUUGGAUUUGGUUAAGAAAUACUGUCCUGUAAUUACAUUCUGCCUCUCUCUGGUGCUGUGAAAAGCCUAUGAAGACAAUUUGAGGUUUUGGACUUUAAAUGGAAGUGGUGAGGAAGAGGGAUCUGCAGCCUGUCUGGGUGGGUGUGCAGGGGGAGAAGCACUAACAGGGUGCCUUAAGAAGGGCACUCAGUGCUGGGUUGUGUUUCUGUGCUGCUGCUUUGAUCCCUGGUUUCCUGGAGGAGAGCAGUGGCUGAGCUGGGCUCCAUUCAGAUGAUUCAUGAUACGCGUGCUUUCCUUAUAUUCCAAUAGCAGAACUGUAUGUUGGAUUAAAUCCUUUCCUUCCUGCAGAGUGUGGGGCCGGGCUUGUCUCUCUGCUGACGCUGAAGCCAACUUCACCAACACACUUUGGAACAUCACCUUGUGUUGCACAUUCAGUGUGUUCCGGCCGAAUAACAGGUGCCUCGUGUGGAGAGAAUCACACAGAUGUGUGGCUGACCCUUAACUCGAGCAUUAUCCGCGUAAACAUCAAAGUGCAGGUCCUGCCCUGUGGAUUCGUAAGCACAUGCUUUGUCCGUCUGAGCAGCAUCACUGAACGUCCGUCCUUGCUGAGCUGGUCAAUGGGCUUUGAAGCUGCGCUUCCUUAGAAUGAAGACUUAAGUAGUAAUUAAAUUCUCGAAGAACCGCCAGGACUCCUUUGAAUGAAAUGGGGAUGUUCCAGGCUCUGAGCAUUGCGUUGGGGAGGAAGGAAUGUUUCAACGUGACUCAGUCAAAGCAGCGAAGACUUCUGUAAGAGAUGGAUAGAUGCAAACAUGUUGGGCGGUUACGACUCGCCCAGGACCAUUCUAUCCUGAACCCGCAGAAGUGGCACUGCAUGGACUGCCAGACGACUGAAUCAAUCUGGGCUUGUCUGAAGUGCUCCCAUGUAGCCUGUGGGAGGUACAUGGAGGAGCAUGCACUUAAACACUUUGAAGAAACCAGACAUCCACUGGCAAUGGAAGUUAAUGAUCUGUAUGUAUUUUGUUACCUUUGUGAAGAUUAUGUCUUGAACGAUAACCCGGAGGGUGACUUGAAAUUGCUGAGAAGUUCUCUGUCAGCAAUUAGAAGUAAAAAACAUGAUCCGUCAACAAGAAGUGGGAGGACAUUGCGAUCCAUGAGUUUGGGAGAGGAUGUGUGCGGCCAUCAGAGGACCCCUCAGGGACAAUCUCAAAUGCUUACAGCUCUCUGGCACAGGCGCCAGUCUUUGCUUGCCAAAGCAUUGCGGACCUGGUUUGGUAAGAGCUCCAGAGGGCAGCUGAAGUUAAAACAAAAGAAACAGAUGGAGGAAUUGGAGAAGAAGAAGGAGGCAGCUCGGCAGCGACGGCAGGAGAUGAAGAGGCAGCUUCUGGAGGAGCUGGCAAACACUCCUCCGAGGAAGAGUGCGAGGCUGCUGUCACACGUGCACAGAGAGAACUUGAUUCCAAGGAAAUUCAGGGAGGUGGCGACCGCUUCCCCUACCUCAAGGCAGAUGCAGAGCAGCAGAUUCAAUCAGUUUUAUUCAAUCCGACGUAAGCCUCUGAUGACUCCCGGGGUGACGGGUCUAAGGAACCUGGGAAACACAUGUUACAUGAACUCUAUUCUGCAAGUGCUGAGUCACCUCCAGAAAUUUAGAGAAUGUUUUUUGACUCUUGAUCUCUGUGAAACAGAAGAACUCUUGGCCAAAACUGUGAACGGGAAGUCUAGGUUGCCUGGCAGGUUGGCAAAUGGAUCUGCUGCUAAUGAGUCAGGGAGGACUGACAAAGUGGGAUCGUACGGCACGCAGAGCUUGCCAGCUGGCUUAAAUGGCAGCUCCUCAAUAAGCAGGAGUUUAGAACUUAUCCAACCCAAGGAACCGCGUUCAAAGCACAUCUCCCUCUGUCACGAAUUGCACACCCUCUUCAGAGUGAUGUGGUCUGGCAAGUGGGCGCUUGUGUCCCCGUUUGCCAUGCUGCACUCUGUGUGGAGUCUGAUCCCAGCGUUCCGAGGUUAUGAUCAGCAGGACGCUCAGGAAUUCCUAUGUGAGCUGUUGGAUAAAGUGCAGCAGGAGCUGGAAUCAGAAGGAACAAAGCGUAGGAUCCUCAUCCCUUUCUCGCAGAGGAAACUCACCAAGCAGGUCCUGAAGGUGGUAAACACCAUUUUUCACGGGCAGUUGCUUAGUCAGGUCACCUGUAUAACAUGCAACUACAAAUCCAACACAGUUGAGCCCUUCUGGGAUCUUUCCCUGGAGUUUCCUGAGCGCUAUCACUGUAUUGAGAAAGGGAUCAUCCCUGUUACCCAGACAGAGUGCAUGCUGACGGAAAUGUUGGCCAAGUUCACAGAAACUGAAGCUCUGGAAGGGAGGAUAUAUGCGUGCGACCAAUGCAACAGCAAACGCCGAAAGUCCUCUCCCAAACCUCUUGUUCUGAGCGAAGCUAAAAAGCAGUUAAUGAUCUACAGGCUACCUCAGGUCCUCCGACUGCACCUUAAACGAUUCAGGUGGUCUGAACGCAAUCACCGUGAGAAGAUUGGGGUCCAUGUCCUCUUUGACCAGGUACUAAACAUGGAACCUUACUGCUGCAGGGACUCUCUCUCCUCUCUUGACAAAGAGACCUUUGUCUAUGACCUCUCCGCUGUGGUGAUGCAUCAUGGUAAAGGGUUUGGCUCAGGACACUACACAGCAUAUUGCUACAACACAGAGGGAGGCUUUUGGGUCCACUGCAAUGACUCCAAACUGAAUGUAUGUAGCGUGGAGGAGGUGUGCAAAACCCAGGCCUACAUUCUAUUUUACACUCAAAGAACCGUGCAGGACAAAGCAAGAAUCUCAGAAAAACAACUCCAAGCUCAGGGAAAAGGGCUGGCUGCAGGAAGGGGAUCAGAUGGUGUUUGUUGCCCAGGAAUGGAGAAGUGUAUCAAGCUGUGCAAUUCUGAUGCGUAACAUUGUAGUCAGAAACUUGUUUCUAAAACAACAUUGUUAAACUACUGGAAGAAUUUGAUGCUUUGUAUCGUUGGUCUCAUAAUUGAGUUCAGUGUUUAAGAAAGGAGCACAACCAAGAAAUAGAAGCAUUCAGCUGGCAUCCAGAAAUCUGCAGUACCUGAUAAACCUCUGGAAGGAUCAGGUAUAGUACCUUCCCUUUAGGAUUUCUACCCAGGUAUUUCUUUUAUGGUUGUUGAGUAGUUGGAGCUGGCUGCCCUAAAAGCCCGUCUUGCUGAAUAAGUGUUUGACAUUCAACAACAGGAAGAAAUGUUCCCCAGCCCUCAGCUAUCUCUGUGGUACCGAUUCCUUUGCCCUCAGAUAAGGGCAAACAAAUGGCUGGCAAUUUCUGUCAACAGCUCUUUUUCUCAGUGUUACUGGGACUGGAUGCACACUUGAUAGUCUGUUCUCUAGGCUGAACUGAACUGGCAGCUAAAUUCACUAGGAAUGUAAUUCUGGAAACAGUUCUGCUCUGGAGAAUGUUUUUUGUUUUAUUUUUUAAAACAAAUUAAAAAAACCAAACACCUGUAAUAGAGCAGGAACGUACCUGUGUGAUCAGAGUCAUAUCUGUUUGCACUGGCAGCAGAAAUGAAGCCUACACUGCGUGUUUCUGCUGGCAUAACUCUGCUGAUCGGGGUUAGAAAGAAGUGAAAACCCUGACCUGCACAGCUGUGACAGCAGAAGCAGCCACUGGGAGGCAACUUACACUGGCAAAUGAGCACUUUGUUUUGUUUUCCAAGGGAAUAGUGUGGAGGUAACAUCACAGCAGUCAGAGUCAGAGCUAAGUGCUGUUAACUGCUCCUAUAGUGGCAAUGCUGACAAACUCUGGUUGUCACAGGAGGCCCAGAAUGGCUGAAGGCAGUGAGGCUGUGCAGAUGCAAUGGGUAGAGUUUAACCUGUGAAGCUGUUAUUCCUGCUGGGUCAUAAAGGGAAGGAAUUAAGUUAACUGUCGUAUUCCUCAGUGAGUUUGAAAAACUACAGGAAUGCGUCUGUCUGUGAGUAUCUUAAUUACAGAAUAUAGGGCUCUAAUUGACUAUUUCUGGUCAGUUCUCAGCCUUCAGUUGGACCUCAGGAAUUUUUAUAAUUUGGGGUUUGGCUGCUCAUGUUUCUUAUUGUCAUCAAAUCUGAAUAUGUGACUGCAAACAUACGUGUUGUAUUUCAGUCUUGUUGGUUCUUUUUUUCCUCUUUCCUGAAGCAGCUAUGAGUUGAAGUAUGCGGUUCUUCAAACACUUGAUCCCAUGUUCAGGUAGGGGAGCUGGGACCAUGUUUUUCUUCCCCUUCCUACUUUUAUCCUGGCUGGCACUGGCCCAUCAGACACAAACUGACAGCUGUGCAUUAUUGUUGGAGAGGGCAAAGAGGAAAAUCCCCUAAACACAAUUCCUCUUUUUUCACUGCUGCUACUUCAACUUUUGAUUUCCUGUUCUAUGGGCACUUCAGCUGCUGUUAAUCACUUUAGUCAUGCAGAGAUGAGCAGUGCAAACAAGAAACUCCUCUUUUGUUAGAGCACAGCGCCGCUCUAUGUCUCCUCUGUCCAUAAAGAACCCAUUUCCUCUAUGUCUGAGCAACAUGCCACUUUUUGAGCCUACGCAAACUGAUUUUUUAGCGAUGAAGGUAGUUUGAGUUUAUAUACUUGCUUUGUUUUGUGGGUUUUUUGUUUGUUUGUUUUUAGACUUGUUUAGACAGUCCUAAAGGAACAAAUUAAAAGGUUUUAAUUCUGUUUCUGUGAAUGUUGCAUGGUCUGGAAAGAUUUCCUGUGAAUACUUGCAUAUGUAUUUACUAGGUAGCCUUUUUUUAUGCUACUAGUAAAUAAAAUAGAUUAUAAUGCUAUAGGCCAGACUGAGAUGCAACAGAAAUGUGACCCGGCUUAAUGCAGGGGAAGCUGGUCUGGCUUCAGCACAGGCAGAAGUUGACAUUCAUUAAAGAAUGAAAAUGAAAUGCUUGUGGUGUUCAGAUCUGUGCUGCAAUCUUGGUUAGAGCAGAGUACGUGCUUUGUGAAGACUACGUGUCUCAGAAGGAAAAUGAAAGGAAAAAAAACAUUCAGUGUUGCCUUCUUCAUCUCAGAGGUGUGAGGGAAAAUAGAGCAGUCAUGGUUUGCUGUGACUGCCAAAUACUGUGAUCGCAUUCUGCAGCCCUUACUGUGCUGUUCCUGUUUGUAUGAAGAUUGAUUGUUGUUACUGUAGUGAGUCGAGACUCUUUGCUGUGAAUGCUCAUCUUUUGACUGAGUGUUUUGCAUUAAUAUUUGUAUUCAGGUAGAAAUAUGGUUGUCAUGUGAAUUGACCAGAUUACGGAGGGGAGUGGGAGCAGCACCGUUAGCCAUGGGUACAGCUGGUUACCCAGACUGUGUAGUGUUUGCUGUUGACAUCUUUUGACAUUAGUGACUUCUCCAUGUGACAUUAGCCUCGUUGCACUGAGAUGUGGAGAUACUGCAGUAAGAUAAAUAUUGCCCUGAUAGGGAAGGAACGAAUUAUACUUCAAAGUAAACUUGCUUUUUCCAGCACUGUGAGGUUUCUGUGAUAUUUAGCUUUUAUUUGGAAGCGAUAGCGUAUAGCAUUUUUUUAUGCUGUUUGGUUUAUAUUUGUCUGCUGUAGGCAUCUUUAUAUAAGCAUAGCUCAAUGUCCCUGCCAUGGUGGACACUGUUCUAUAGUGUCUUGUUUGCCAGAAAUUAGAAUUGGAAAUUACCUCUUUACAUUAAUAAGACAACAUCCAACUUCCAAUUACUGUGAAGCCCACUGAAGUGAAUGCCUGCCCAAGGGCAGCCUGCAAUGCAAGCUCUGUCCCUCCUUUAAUGGUGUGGCUUGAAAUCCUGCUCCAAUCCAGGUGUGUAUUUAGAAUAAUUCCAAAUGUAGGCUUUACCCUUAUGAGCACCUAAGCAACUGAUACAAUUUAACUCAGGUGUGGAGGUCGUGCUUUGGAGUCCCAGGCUCAGUGUCUGCAGGAUUAGAACCUUUGUUUUGGUUGAACUGGGAGUGGAAUUUGUUUCUGUACAUGCAGGCACACCUGUACUGAGCUUUCAGUCACUGAACAAGAAGCCAGCUGCCUUGAGAGAUGCUUAGAGCAAGUGUGAGGCUCCUGGCACUGUGCAGGUUGCUGUUUGAAGGCAAAGUAAACCACAGGGCACUUGCAGGCUGUCAGGCUUGUGAGUACGCAGCCCUUUGCACAGAACUGUUCCCAGCAUAACCUUAUUCUCUUCAACUUGUAUGUAAACUGGUGUUAAUUUUGCGCUUUUAAGAAUGAAGAAUUUUAAUGUAUUCAUGGCCAGGUAGGGUACAACAUUGGCUGUAGUUAUUGGGAAAUACUUUAUGCCUCUACCAAGCUAGUUGCAUAAAUUUGCCUUUGUUACCCCUUUACUGCCUGCAUGUCCAAGUUAAACUAUGCAUACAGCAAAAACAGCUUCUCUGCAAAGCAAUAGGGGAAAAAACAAAACAAAACAACUUUUCUUCCCUGCUAUUUCUAACCAGAACAAUUCUCUGGUCUGGCUUUGAAGUUGUCGAUAUGAAGCAGCAAACAGAAUAAUGUGCAUUAAGUGUUUGACGUCAAACUUUUCUGGGUGGCAGUGUCACCCCCAUUUCCUUAGGGGAUUCCAGCCAUUCUUUUUCAGUGCAGGAAUGUAAUUGGAAACAGUAAAAGCACAGAGUGCAUCCUAUGGACUCACUAUCAGAAGUUAUUUUUGCUUCUAAAAGGCAAAAGACAUCUUCCUUAUAUCCAACCUAAACCUCUUCUCUCUUAGUUUGAGACCAUUUCCCCUUGUCCUGUCACAGCCCCUGUUAAGGAGUCUGUCCCCUUCCUUCUUACAGCCCCUUCAGAUACUGAAAUAUGUCUUGGUGGUAAUUUAGACACGCUCACAUUGAUUCUAACAUCCCCAGGCCUGACUGUGCUUAAAUGCACCCUCACAAAACUUUGGCUACUGCCAGAUCCCCCAGGAUAAGCUGCAGUGGAAAUAACAGUACUGCACAGUGAGAAAUACUUACGGAGGAGACAAUAGGCAGAGAUUAGUUUUACCUUCCAAUACAAUUUAGUGAGCUAAUUUUGUAUGAUUCCUUAGAUUUGGUGCCUUGUAUCCAAUAACAUUUUGAAUGGGACAGGAACACUGGGAAAUAAGUCCUGACCGAAGCAGCAGAUUUGUGUUUUUAUAAGUAUUUUCAGCAUCGCUGCCAUCUUCACAUUUCACGCUCCAUUGGGAGUUUUUGGUAGAGGAGCUGUUCCUUUGGAAGGGGCCUCCUGUCCCAAAUCUAGGUUUGAAUGUGAAAUCUCAAUUAAGUGGUAUCUUUCUCAUGUCCAUUACAUUAAUAUUGAUACCUGUUUAUUGCAGAUGGGAAUGUGAAGCAUUCUAACAUGCUUUUGAAUUUUGAAAACCACAGCAUAGACUGAAUGAUCAAAAGCUGAAUGUGUUAAGUCGCCUGUACUGAUUUGUGAUUAUCUGUCUUAGUUGAUUUAAGGGGUUUGCCUUUAGGCCACUCCUGAUGUGCUUAUUUUAUUUUAAAUGACUCUCUGUGUGUGAA